AUGGAGAUCGAGGAAGUAAGCAGCUACGGGGCACUUCCCCUCCUCUCACUGAAUCAUGUAUCAUUGAUGUGCAGAUCAGUGUGGGCUUCUGUUAGGUUUUAUGAGGAUGUUUUGGGCUUUGUUGUCAUCAAACGCCCCUCUUCUUUCAAUUUCAAUGGAGCUUGGUUGUACAAUUAUGGGAUCGGUAUACAUUUGAUUGAAAACCCAUCAAUUGAUGAGUUUGACCCCAUCGUCGAACCGCGUCCGAUUAAUCCCAAGGAUAACCAUAUGUCCUUCCAAUGCACUGAUGUUGGCCUUGUUAAGAGGAGGCUGCAAGAAAUGGGAAUGAGGUAUGUAACGGCUGUGGUGGAAGAAGAUGGGAUCAAGGUGGAUCAGGUAUUCUUUCAUGACCCAGAUGGUUACAUGGUUGAAAUCUGCAACUGUGACAACAUCCCAAUCCUUCCUCUGUCAUCCUGCUCAUUCAAGCCAAGAACGGGAAGUUUCAAGAAAGCAGCACCAAGUAGCUGUGGAUUCAUGGAGAAUGUGAUGAUGGAGAGCUUGAGCAUGGACAUGAUGAACAUUUCAUUUUGA